UUUCUUGAGCCUUUCCCCAUCAUAACCCCCUGCAACACCAAAUUUUCAGCCAUCAUUUCUCAACCAUUAAUCCCCCCUUCCAUUUCUCCAUCUUUCUUCUUCUCCACAUCUCUCCCCCCACAAUCAUAACCCCUUCUCUGAUUCUUCACGUAAGCAUCUCUCUUACCAUUUCCUCUCUUCCUCAAUCUCAUCUUUCUCGUUAUAAAUAUUUGCCCAUAUAUGCUGCAGGUCGAUCGGGAUCUCCUCCUUGCGCCGAGCGAUUGAUUUUGAUUUUAUCCCCAAUACCAAAAAUCAACCGCUCUCGCGAAAAUUCGAUCUCUUAAUCGUUCCGAGGAGAAAUGGCCGAGGAGCAGAAAUGUCACCAGGCGGGAGGAGGGCACCGGCUCUGCGCGAACAAUUGCGGGUUUUUCGGAAGCAGCACGACUCUGAAUCUGUGUUCGAAGUGCUACAAGGAUCAUUGCGUUAAGGAGCAGCAGAUGGAAGAGGCUCACCUCGUGAUGGAAGGAUCGGCUCUCCCUCUCCCGGCCAAAAGAUCAUCGCAAUCUUCUUCUUCUCCUUCGUCUUCUUCACCGUCUUCUUCUUCCUCUGUAUUGCUGGCCUGUGAAAAUUCAUCGCCGAACGAGGUUCAGAUCCAGGGUGGGACCGGAUCAGCCGCGGUUGCGCCAGCUGGCCCGAGGCCGAACAGAUGUGGGACCUGCCGGAAGCGAAUCGGGCUGACAGGGUUCAAGUGCAGGUGCGGGAUAGCCUAUUGCGGGACCCACAGGUACCCGGAGCAACACGGCUGCUCGUUCGAUUACAAAGCUAUGGGGAAGGAGGCGAUAGCCAAGGCUAACCCAAUUGUCAAGGCUGAGAAGCUUGACAGGAUCUAAUGGCUGAGGGAGGCAUGGAUCGGACGGUGUAGAGGUAUGGCAGCUGGUCCAACUCGAUGAUGGUGAUGGAUCAUGUGGAGUGUAUGCGCUGUGGAGUUGGUUGAUACUUGGUAUGUGGUGGAUGGGUGGGGGUGGGGCUUGGAUUAAUAUGUUGCCUCAUGGUAUGUUGUAACCAUCAUCAUCAUGUACUAAUUAAUGUUGCUUCCAGUUAUUGUAAGGACACUUUGUUCUUUCUUAUCUGUCUUUUUAUAAUUUGUCUUUACCUUUCUAGAUUAUGUCAAAGUAGGGGGGGCGCACAAACGAGCAUGGUUUUAAACGAAUAGGUAGUAAUACACGUUCGGACGGUUUAGAACGAAUCCUAGUUUUAGAAACUCCAAAGGGGUGGGUGAGGCGGAUCCGGAACCUCUUGCCUUAGAGCAAGUUAGAAUGUUCCUCACUCAUUUCCCUUUUUGAAAUACAUUUUGUAAUCGAUCUGAA